UUUUGAUUGAAUUUUCGACAAGUAUGGAAUAAAGUGUUUUCCCCUAUAUUUUCUUUUUUUUUGUUCAAACAUUAAACAUGGUGACAACUAUUCAAAAGAAAUCAAAGGCCAAGUCUACAAAGCAAUCUAAAAAGACUAUUGAGAAACCAACCAAGAAAAAUAAAGGAAUCAAAAAGGCAGCUGCAGCAGCUAUAAAGAAAAAGACAAAAAAGCCAUCUAAAAAAGAAGAGGAAAGCUCAGAUGAUGAGGACGUCUUUAAGAAAUUGCAGCAAAUUAUGGAUGAGGAUUCAGAAGCUAGUGAGAACGUAUCUGAUGAUGAUGAUGCAUUAGACAGUAAAUCAGCAUUUUUAUCAGAAGAUGAUAUAGAUCAAGAUACUGAGAUGGAGGAUAGUGAUGUAAAAGAAGAAGAGGAUGAUGAAGAAGAAAAUGAUGAUGAUGAAACAGUGGACAGGUUAAAUAAAGAUAUUGAUCAGCAUAAAAAGGAUCUGGAAGAAUUAAAGGAAAGAGAUCCAGAAUUUUACGAAUAUUUAAAGAAAGAAAAUGAUGGGCUUUUGGAUUUCAAUGAAUCAGAUGAAGAAGAGCGUGAACAGGAUGAAGAAGAGAGUGAUGUAGAGGAUAAACAAGCAGCAAUACCCGUUUUAACAAAAGACAGAUUAAAUGAGUGGAUUCAGAAAAUAAAUGCCACAAAAGAUUUUAGAGCAUUCAAGAGUUUAUUAUCUGCAUUCAAGACAGCAGCCAGAAUGUCAGAAGAAGAUGACAAGAUUACGUUCACUAUCAAGAUUGAUGACCCUAAUGUCUUUUCAAAGGUUAUCAUUACAACACUUCGAUGUGCACCUACUGUUUUUUUACAUUACCUUAAAGCUAAAAAAGAAGGGGAUUCGCCCAUGAAAUCAGGUCGUUGGAACUUUUACAAGUCAUAUGUCAAGUCCUAUCUCACCAAUCUUAUUCAUCUCUUACGAAACUUGACUGAUGCCGACAUGCUUCGAUUGACUGUGAAAGAAGCUGAAAAGUGUACAGUACUGCUCGUGUGCUUUGAUCGAUUGGCCAAAGAAUACCUCAAGACCUUGCUCAAUCUAUGGUCCAGCAGCAUGUCCUCAGAUAGUGUCCGUAUCCAAUCCUUUCUGGCUAUCAAAUCUUUAGCUAUAGCAUCUGUGCCAUCUGGAAAGGAAUCCAAGGCACAGGGUUACCUUGACAUGUGCUUAAAGAACGUAUAUCUGACCUUUGUCAAACACUGCAAAAACACCAAUCCUCACACUUUGCCUGUGAUCAAUCUUAUGCGUAAUCUUGCUACGCAACUCUAUGGCAUCAAUAUGACUUUGAGUUAUCAGCAAGCAUUCGUCUAUAUUCGUCAACUAGCCAUUCAUCUUCGAGCAGCCAUGAAGAAUAGAACGGUUAAGGAUCAAAACAUGGUAUACAAUUGGCAAUACAUUCAUUGCAUUGAUUUUUGGGCUGAUGUGUUGAACGCUUAUGCCGGGCCAAUGAAAGAUGAAGAAGGAGAUGAGGUCGAAUCACCAUUGAAAUCACUCGUCUAUCCUCUGACACAGGUUGCCAUGGGUACUAUUCAACUGAUACCUACCGCUCAGUACUACCCACUCCGAUUCCAUGUGCUUAGAUGCUUAACCUCUCUGGUUCACAACACAAAUACAUAUAUUCCACUGACUGUCUACGUCAUUGAAGUCCUGCAAGGAGCUGUUGCGAUGGAAAAAGCCAAGAAAACAGGAGGUGUGCCCCUUGAUUGGGAUACUGUUCUUAAAGUACACAAGAAGAUCAUUCAUGGUCGCAUGUAUCAAGAUGAUGUCCUGGAUCAAUGUGCAAAGGCUUUAAAGAACUACUACAAGGAGUAUUACGAGAAUGUUGCAUUCCCUGAAAUGGUCGAUACAGAUAUUGUAGCUAUCAGGCGAUUCUUGAAGCAUUCCAAGAGCUUGAAAGGAAAGGAAAAGUUGCUUAAUCUGGUGAGAGAGGUAAUGAACACAAGAUUAGCAGUGUUGGACUAGGACUGAUUUUUUUUAUUUAGCUUGAGAUUAAGCAAAAACAAGUUCGUGAAGAAAGAGGAACUAAAUUUCCUGGUCGAUUAUAAACCAUGUUUUUGAUUUACUAUAAAUACAUUGUUUGAAUGCGUUGAUACUUUUUCUCUUUAAAUAUACGUGAUUAAGCAUCCAUUUUUAUACAUAACGAUGUGAAAGGUAUAUGGUUUUAUUUUAUAGUU